AUGGAUCCGUUAAGUAGGGCAUUAGAAGAGGAAGAACAAGAACAGCAAGUGAAAAAUGAUGAAGAUAUUGAUCAGUUUUUUAAAGAUAAACAACCGAUAACAAGAAUUCAAAAUAAAAGUGAUAAUAAACACCUGAAUGCCAUGAAAACAUCAUCUGUGUCAUUCGAUGAAGAAUUUAACGAACGUGAAUGUGAAGAUUAUCUAUUAAAUGAUAAUCAUAAUCAUAAUGGGAUUGAUAAUGAGAAUCUACAUAUCCGUGUUAGUGAACCAAAAAAGCAAAAAACUGGUUUAGAUACAUAUUAUACUUAUCUCAUAACGUCAAAUCAAUACAACGACAGUGUAAAAGUAGAAGAAUAUAUUGUUCGUCGACGUUAUAACGAUUUUGUAUGGUUAAAAACCAUAUUAGAUAAUAAAUAUCCUUUCAACAUCAUUCCCCCAUUACCAUCGAAACAUUCUCUAACAAAAAAAUUACAAACUGAUAAUAUGGAUUUCAUUAGAAAACGAAUUAUUGGUCUUCAAAAUUUUCUUCAACGUUUAGCCGAUAAUCCAAUUAUAUCCAUUGAUAAUUCGUUUCAAUUAUUUCUCAGUUCAGAUGAUCAAACAUUAAAAUCAGCACAAGGAUUAGCUAUCAAUAAUGUUUCAUCAUCCUCUUCUACAUCAUCAAUGUCAAAUGUAUUUCAGGUUAAAAAUAAACCAUUAGAAUUUGUUAAAAUUGAAACAUAUACUCAACAAUUAAAUGAUAAUUUGAGAAAACUUGAACGUUUAGCAAAAAAACUUGAAUAUGAUAAUAAACUAUUAUAUGAUGAACAACAACAAUAUUCAACGAUUCUUAAACAAUGGAUGGAAAUAGAAAAACAUAAUAAUGAUGAUGACGAUGAUAAUCGAAAUAGUACAAUGCCAAAUAUGAUACAAAUUGUUGCCGAUUCACAACAAUCCAUCGUUGAUAAUCAACUUGAUUUAUCAAAAACUAUUACAACAAAAUUUAUUGAACCUAUUAACGAAUAUAUUCUCUUUACAAAUGUUGUCAAUGAUAUAUUGAAACGUCGUGAUCAAUUGAAUGCAAAUUAUGAGACGAUGAAUGAAAUGAAGCAUGAAAAACAAAAACAGGUAACACAAACAUCAAAUCAGUUGAAUAUUAAUUGUGAACAUUUAUAUGAUCAAUUAACUAUUGCUAAUGAAACGAUUAAAGCUGAUAUACAACGAUGGAAUGAGAGAAAAGAUAAAGAAUUAAUUGAUCUAUUGCGUACAAUGGCAAUAAAAAAAAUUGAUUUUUAUCAAGCAUCACUAAACACGUGGGAACAUGCGGCUAAUGCACUUUUUCAACAACGAAAGUAA